UAUUAUGUCAAAUUCCAAACUUCUCUGGGACAAUUUCGUGUUAAAAUCUAAAAACAUUUUUUUUCUUAUUUAUAUAUACAGUUUAUCUUAUAUUAAAUGUAGUUGUUAUCAUAAAUUUUAGAUGUGAUUUGUGUAAGUGCCAAAUUGAUGUAUCGUGUUCAUUGGUAUUAUGAAUCAGGCUGAUCAAAAUAUAAACAAAGAUAUGUUUGAUUCUGAUUUGAUCGACGUGGAAUCUUUAGAUUUUUCCGAUCAUCAGACAUGGCUGUACAAAUUACCAGAGGAUUCAGGGCAGAAAGUGGACAUAAUCGACUGGAACCUGUCUUGUGACUGGCCAAUAAAUGAGGACAGUGAAUAUUUAAGCUUAGAGAAGAAACUUAAUGCUAUAUUAGACAAUAUCCUCAAAAAUGAAAUCCUCGCGAUGCCAGACAAGCACAAGUUCGAUUCUCGAACCUACGUCAAACCGAAGAAACGCCCUCAAAGGCCGAGCAUCCAAAAUAUAAUGGAGGUUUCCAAUCCACCUUCUCUCUCGCCUAGUCCUUCGUUGAAUGUCAACAAGUAUUUGACUUACAACAAGUACAGUAUGCCCCUCGGACCGAUCAGUCCAAUGAUAAGGCUGAAGACAUUCAACGUGGAUACUAACACUGAAAAUAGCAGUGUGAUCAAGGAAUACGCUAUGAAGCGAAGGAGUUUGGUGCAGGAUGACGAUCCUCAGUUGGAAGACGCUGAUAUCACUUUAGGUCCGGAGAGGUCGGGUCGGCCUUCCAUCGAGUCAGUUCCAUCAAAGCCUAUCAACAUAGACUUCUCUCAGCCGGCGCAUAAUCUUCAUAACACGUUCAAUAAGGGACUGUCAAAUAUAAUUAACGAACGCGGCAGCCUGAAUAUGUACCAGAGUGGUGACUCCCUGAUGCGGAUGUCACCUCCGAGUCUCGUGUCGUCGCUAGUCAUGGAGAGUUCUGGAACCUUCAACCCUGAGUCUAUGGAAAGCAGGAAAUCAAUCCCGUCAUACAGAGAUUCAGGGCUCCCCACGUCGGGCCGCGACAGCAUCGACCCAAUGAUGACGAGCAUGACGCUCAGCAUACUCGACGAGAAAGAUAUGAGCACCAGCUUCCUCUCACAGACCACCUAUCCGGACAACGACAGCUUAAUGGAUUCUCUGCCACCCAGCCUCGUCAGCUCUGUUAACUCAUCGUACAUAGUUUCCAACACUUCGAAGCCUAGAGACAACACCGAUUCAAACAUCUUCAGUUCGGCGACCUUCACCCAUUUAGAACAGUCCGAAAGAUUAUUAACGAGCAGACCGCGAUGUCAGUUGUACAACAGUUUCACGAAACGCGAAUCCGGCUUGAGGAAUUCGGAGAGCUACACGAAAGCCCGCGAGGAGGCGUGUCAGAUCGACGGCUCUAAAGUUUUGAACGAGAACACCGACAAGAAAGACUCCCCGAAGUCCGCAAAGCCAGGCCCGGAAAUGGCCGAGACGAUCACGCUGCACUACUCCAAUAACAAGUUCCGGAGAGACAAUGACGCGGAAAAGGAGAACUUUGAGAGAGACGACGCUUUCUACAAAGACAUGGGCCUCCAGAAGCCUGAUGACGUCGGCAGAAAUAGUUUGAAUGUUACGUUAGGGAAGCAGGAACUAAACGAGAUCAUACAGGCGCGGCAGAAGCUGUCUCUCGCCAGGAAGGCGUUGCCCACAGAAUCGGACCGCGCCCCACCAGAACGGCAAGCCGACCCGGCUAUCAAAACGAUUCAGCUGCCGAACCAAACGAUCACGGUUCCCCGCCAGAGUAUGGAGAACGCUUCCGAGCUUCUGUCGAGGCGGAGAGCUUUGAACAACGGCUGCGGUCAGGAGGAGCUUGCCAGGGAAACGCCAAAACGUAACGCCACCUUCAAGAAAGCGUCGCCUAAAGCGAACGCGAUGGACACUACCGUUGUGUACGUAAAGGCUGACGAGAACCAAAAAAUGAUCGAUAUAAAUUCGGCCACGAUGAACCUCAUCGAUUCCAGUGAGAGGACGCUGCAGCAAGAGGUAGGGGAGUGGGGUUUACAAGAGAGAGCGAUGGUUGGUUCGACGGAGAGCACCGACACAGGGACCUUUAGCUCGUCGAGUCCGCCGGACUGCGCGCCACACGACGUGCCACUGCAUGAUCCACGUACACAAAUAGCAUCAACUCCCCUGAUGCCGCUAAGAAGAGGAGCGCAAAACGACUUAUUAAACUUGCACAGUACAAUAUCACCAAUAUACGACAUGCUGGACGACAAAUCGUACACCAAAGUGCCGGUUACCGACUCGCCUAUGGAGCGUACAUACGACAUGCACAACACGACGGUGGUCAACAGCGCGACCAUGAUCAAGAAGACAUCGGCCAAGAGAGAUAUCCUCGCCGGCAAGACCAGUCCAGAUAAGAAGGGCAACGCUUCUCCUCAGAAAUCGCCGCCCAGAAAGUUUUCUCCUACCAAUACAGUAUCGUACGGUUCAAUGAUACCACCGGCCGCUGUCCCGAGAAAGACAAACCUGCCGACCUCCAAGUUGAGGCAAUAUAGUUCCCAUAGAGAACUGAGUAGGAUACCUGGCAACACCGCGGUCUCGUACGCUCCGCGCGGCGCGUCGGGUCGCACGAUGGUACGCCGCGGCGUGUACGCUUCGAACCCGGCGCUCAGCCCCACCACUUCCAACGCGCCCGUUGCCUCGGAAUCCUACACGCUACCCGAACCUCAGACAGAAGACAGACCGAGACCUGUGUUGACGACUCCGCCCGCCCUGGUCAGACAGGGCACGGAGACGUUGCGCAGGGACCGACCUCAGAGCCAACUGGUGGCACCCAGAGACCUCCGGUCGGGGCCGGGCAGCGCCGUUCCCGUCUCUAUGAGGAGCCAUAUGCCUCCACCAACCACAAGGCCAUAUUCGACGGCGGGCGCGUCGCAGUUCCGGGUGUCGAGGCCGGCGUCCGGACCUCCGACGCACAAACACGUACCCGCGGCUCCGGUAGUGGAGCAGCCGCGGCCGGCGUCGGGGGCGGAGGCGCGCGUGUCGGCGCUCCCGCGGCCCUCGCGGCUGCCGGCCCCGCGACGGGGACUGCGGCCCCCAUCAGCGUACUCCGUGGCGCCGGCCGGGGACGUAGAUCAUUACUGACAUUUGUCCUGCUGUGCCAAUAUGUUGGCCAGGACACGAGACUAGCCCAGUCCUCACUAGACUUAUGUAGUUAAUAAAACAUCUCGAUCCCUGAUUCAGUAAAAAAGAGGGUACAUAGA